GGAGCGUGGCGUGAGGCCAGGAAGUGAGGGCCAGCGGCCGGAGCUGGGGGGCUUAGGACCUGGGGGCUUAGGAUCUGUGUUAGGGGCAGGUCCCGAACGUGGGGCAUUUUCUGGCGCUGAGUUCUGGAUGUGGGGCUGGAGCUGUCUCUGGGGCAAGGUUCUACUUCCAGCUCUGACCCCAUCCCUUCGCCCCCAGCAUGGACACCGACCUGUACGAUGAGUUUGGGAACUACAUCGGGCCGGAGCUGGACUCUGACGAUGAGGACGAUGAACUGGGCCGGGAGUCCAAGGAGCUGGACGAGCUCGAAGAUGAUGAUGAUGACGAUGAUAUGGGGGACCACGACGAGGACCACCCUGGGAUGGAGGUGGUGCUGCACGAGGACAAGAAGUACUACCCCACUGCUGAGGAGGUCUAUGGGCCCGAAGUGGAGACCAUAGUGCAGGAGGAGGACACGCAGCCUCUCACUGAGCCUAUUAUUAAACCCGUGAAAACCAAAAAGUUCUCUUUGAUGGAACAGACGUUACCGGUCACCGUCUAUGAGAUGGAUUUCCUGGCAGAUCUGAUGGACAACUCUGAGCUGAUUCGGAAUGUGACUCUGUGUGGGCACCUUCACCACGGCAAGACUUGUUUUGUUGACUGCCUGAUAGAGCAGACGCACCCAGAAAUCAGGAAGCGCUACGACCAAGAUCUUUGCUAUACUGAUAUAUUGUUCACAGAGCAGGAGAGGGGAGUGGGGAUCAAGAGCACACCAGUGACCAUUGUUCUGCCAGACACCAAAGGAAAGUCUUUUCUCUUCAACAUCAUUGACACCCCAGGUCACGUCAAUUUUUCUGAUGAGGUGACAGCUGGCCUUCGUAUUUCGGAUGGCGUCGUGCUGUUCAUCGAUGCAGCCGAGGGGGUGAUGCUGAACACAGAGAGGCUGAUCAAGCACGCGGUGCAGGAGCGGCUGGCAGUGACUGUGUGCAUCAACAAGAUCGACCGCCUGAUCCUGGAGCUGAAGUUGCCCCCUACAGAUGCUUACUACAAACUCCGACAUAUUGUGGAUGAAGUUAAUGGUCUGAUCAGCAUGUAUUCCACCGACGAGAACCUCGUCCUGUCUCCCCUUCUGGGGAACGUGUGUUUCUCCAGCUCACAGUACAGCAUCUGCUUCACGCUGGGAUCUUUUGCAAAGAUUUAUGCAGACACAUAUGGAGAUAUCAAUUAUCAGGAGUUUGCCAAGCGGCUUUGGGGCGACAUUUACUUCAACCCAAAAACGCGGAAGUUCACUAAAAAGGCCCCAACCAGCAGCUCCCAGCGCAGCUUUGUGGAGUUCAUUCUUGAGCCCCUGUACAAGAUCUUGGCUCAGGUGGUGGGGGAUGUGGACACGACCCUGCCUCGGACUCUGGAUGAACUUGGUAUCCACCUCACCAAAGAGGAAUUGAAAUUAAACAUUCGACCGCUCCUACGACUUGUCUGCAAGAAGUUCUUCGGGGAGUUUACAGGCUUUGUGGACAUGUGUGUGCAGCAUAUUCCCUCCCCAAAGGUGGGAGCCAAGACGAAAAUCGAACACACCUACACCGGUGGUGUUGAUUCUGAUCUCGGGGAGGCCAUGAGUGAAUGUGACCCCGACGGUCCGCUGAUGUGUCACACAACAAAAAUGUACAGCACAGAUGAUGGUGUUCAGUUCCAUGCCUUUGGGAGAGUGCUCAGUGGUACCAUCCAUGCUGGGCAGCCUGUGAAGGUCCUGGGAGAGAACUACACCUUGGAGGAUGAGGAGGAUUCCCAGAUCUGCACCGUUGGACGCCUCUGGAUCUCAGUUGCAAGGUAUCACAUUGAGGUUAACCGUGUUCCUGCUGGCAACUGGGUGCUGAUAGAAGGAGUGGACCAGCCCAUUGUGAAGACUGCAACUGUCACGGAGCCGAGAGGCAAUGAGGAGGCUCAGAUCUUCCGACCUUUGAAGUUCAACACAACAUCUGUCAUCAAAAUAGCAGUAGAGCCAGUCAACCCCUCUGAGCUCCCCAAAAUGUUGGAUGGUCUCCGCAAAGUCAACAAGAGCUACCCAUCGCUUACUACAAAGGUGGAAGAGUCUGGAGAACACGUGAUCUUGGGAACAGGGGAGCUCUACCUGGAUUGUGUGAUGCAUGAUCUGCGGAAGAUGUAUUCUGAGAUUGAUAUCAAGGUCGCCGAUCCGGUUGUGACAUUCUGUGAGACAGUGGUGGAAACGUCCUCCCUGAAGUGCUUUGCUGAGACUCCCAAUAAGAAGAACAAGAUCACGAUGAUUGCUGAGCCUCUGGAGAAGGGACUCGCGGAGGAUAUUGAAAAUGAAGUGGUCCAAAUAACGUGGAACAGAAAGAAGCUGGGUGAAUUCUUCCAGACCAAAUAUGACUGGGAUUUGCUGGCUGCCCGUUCCAUCUGGGCCUUUGGGCCGGAUGCCACUGGCCCAAAUAUCCUGGUAGAUGAUACUCUGCCCUCAGAGGUGGACAAGGCACUGCUGGGCUCUGUGAAGGACAGCAUUGUGCAGGGAUUUCAGUGGGGGACCAGGGAAGGGCCUCUCUGUGAUGAAUUGAUCCGCAAUGUGAAGUUUAAGAUCCUGGAUGCAGUGAUUGCUCAGGAACCUUUGCACCGAGGUGGAGGACAGAUCAUCCCAACGGCACGGAGGGUGGUGUACUCAGCUUUCCUGAUGGCCACUCCUCGUCUGAUGGAGCCCUACUACUUUGUGGAGGUGCAGGCCCCAGCUGACUGCGUGUCCGCCGUGUACACCGUGCUGGCACGGCGCAGAGGCCAUGUGACGCAAGAUGCUCCAAUCCCAGGCUCCCCUCUGUACACCAUCAAAGCCUUCAUCCCUGCCAUUGAUUCCUUUGGUUUUGAGACAGACCUGAGGACCCACACGCAGGGGCAGGCAUUCUCACUGUCUGUCUUCCACCACUGGCAGAUUGUGCCUGGUGACCCUUUGGACAAAAGCAUUGUCAUCCGCCCCCUGGAGCCUCAGCCAGCCCCACAUCUGGCCAGAGAGUUCAUGAUCAAGACCCGGCGCAGGAAGGGCUUGAGCGAGGACGUAAGCAUCAGCAAGUUCUUCGACGACCCCAUGUUGCUGGAGCUGGCCAAGCAAGACGUCGUUCUCAACUACCCCAUGUGAAUGCAUCUCUGCUGAGCCCAGUGAGCCCAGUGAGCCCAGUGAGCCCAGUGAGCCCAGUGAGCCCAGUGAGCCCAGUGAGCCCAGCACUUCCCCACCCCUCAGGGCUCCUCAGGUCCCCCUUGUAUGGUUGGAGAAACCUCUUGGGGUGUUUGUGCACCGCGUGCUCAGCGCCUGCCCCACACGCAGUACAGCCUGGGCACUGAUGCUUUGUGUGUUAUCAAAGCUCUGUGUGCAGUGAGGAGGUUUUCCCUUUAGAUCUGCUGUCUGCAGGUACACAGGUGUGGUUUGGGCUGCAACGUAUCAGCUUGAGCUGAAUGUUUGGACUCCUGGGCUGUAAGGCUGCUGGGUCAGCUCCCUGCUUUUGGCAGCGCUGCCCAAGGGUGCUCUGCCUUCCUUUGGGGCAGGCGCAGUGAGGGCAGGGGCUGUUCCUACCAGCCUUCCCAGGAAAAGGGGCAAGUCUGGAUUUUACCCUUUUUUUGUACAUGUUUUUGGAACCCUGGUAAACAUUGAAUACAAACUUCCACCCAAAGCUCAGUCUGAUCCUUUUGGCAGACAGGAGAGGGUACAGUGCCCUGGUUGCCCCCACCCCAGCACUGCUUUCUGUCUUUGUCACUGUGCCUCAGCCAGGACAAGUCAUGCAGGCAGUCCUGCAUUAAGCUUUCCUUCCUUUCUUGCUAGGCUUUGGCCCACUGCUGUGUUUGCAGAGGCUCCAGAAGGCUCAGCCCCAUUGCAGCAAGGGCUUUGUCCCUGGAGAGUGAAGGACGACAUCCAUCAUCCCUCCAGCACAGCUCUGGCCCCAGAUCUGUGCUCUAGGCCUGGGUAUCAGCUCUGGGGGGCUCUGCUGUUCCUUAUGGGCAGACCCCCGAGUAUCUCCCUUUCUCCCUGCCCAUCCCAUUUCUCUGCACACCCCAGUGGGUGCAGGACGGGGCCGGCAGCGUGGGAAGCGGUCAGUUCUCACACAGGAUGCUCCCAGUGGGAUCGCAGCUGGAAAACACUGACCUGCAACAGCCGGCCCCACAUGCGGGGUGGAAAUUUUCCACGGAUGCAGUCAUUCCAUGGGAAUGGGGAAUGUGUGCGGGACGGGGGUGGGGGCUGGAAUUCCUCCUUGUCUGCCUGGCCGUGGGGUGGUGCAGUGGUAAACUGAGGCACAGCAGCAUGGGGAGCUGGGAGCAGGGCUCUGUGCAUGGCCUGAGUUCAGCAGGGCUCGGCAGUGGGGCAGUAGGAACACGGGGCACGCAGUAUUAGCAGUGGGGCCCCUCUGCAGUUGGACCAUCAGCUGGGAUGGGGCCCCACAUUGGCCCCAUUGGUGCAGCACUCACAGCCCCAGUGGGGUUGUGAGGUGCUGAACAAUGGGGUGAGCCCCAUCCCGUUCCCAGUGUUCCUGUCCCCAACCUGUCCCCAUAUCUCUGUUUCCAGUCUCCAUGUCCCAAUGUUCCUGUCUCCAUGUCCCCAUUCUGAUCCCAUUCCCAGUGUCCCUGUCCUUGCCGUGUCCCUGUCCUCACAUCCCAUCCUCAUCCUAUUCUCAGUGUCCCUGUCCUCAUCUUAUUCCCAGCAUUCCUUUCCCCAACCUGUCUUCGUAUCCCUGUCCCCAUAUCCCCAUUCCCAAUGUCCUUGUCCCCAUAUCCCCAUCCCACCCCAUGUCCCUAUCCUCAUGUCCCUAUUCCCAUUCCCAGUGUCCCUGCCCCCAACCUGUCCCCAUGUUUUCAGUGUCCCUCUCCCCCCCAUCCCUCACCCCAUUCACAGUCUUUGUCCCUCUGUCCUUGUCCCCCACUUCCCACCCUAUUCCCAGUGUCCCUGCCCCCAACCUGUCC